UAAACAAUUCUUAUCAUUUAAUUGGCGUAAAUAUAGUAAAAAAUUAAAAAUAAAUGCUGUUUAUUGGUUAUAUUUUUAUUAUAUGGCUUCGAAGCUUUCUCUCAGCAUCCGAAACAAUUUUCCAUUUUUUGAAGAAAAGAAUAGCUGCAUAAUUAUGCUACGUUCAUAUUUAAAACCCGCAAACGGUGAGUAAUUUAUUGGUGAAGUUCAAAUCAGCGAGUAAUUUAUAAAGGGUGCCAGAGAUUUACAGGACGACGUUGAGGUGAAGAAAUCUUAUCUGUGGUCAGAAUUUUGUAUUUUUGACAAAUAAUUUUGAGGUUAUGAAUUUUACAUUUUUAUGUUUUAUGCAAAUUAUGCGGUGUAUAAGGAUAAAUAAGAGUAAAAUAACGAAAGUAGCUUAAAAACAUUUCUUUAAUGUCCUGGAAAAUAAUGGCUUUUUCAGCAUAUAAAAGUUUUACAAUUGUUUUUAUUUUGGUUGUUUGCUUAUUUGUUACAAUUUCAAAAAUAAUCUUUGACGAAGUCUACAAGGAAUCCAGAAUAGUUAUUGAUGAAGCAUUUCACAUUCCUCAGGGUCUGGAAUAUUGCCGGUUAAAUUUUAAAUUUUGGGAUCCAAAAAUUACAACACUUCCUGGUUUGUAUAUAAUAUCAGCAGUAAUUUUGAGUCCAUUUAAUGCUUGUUCUGAUUACUGGUUGAAAUUUAUCAGUUUUACGGCCACAUUUGUAAAUUAUAUUUUGUUAUUUGCUAUAUUACAAGUAAAUAACAGACAUGAUAAAUGGAAAAACUUAUUCUUGGCAACUAAUCUGUCUCUGUUGCCACCCUUACUAUUUUUUGGAAACUUGUAUUACACAGAUACGGUAUCAAUAACUUUUAUCUUAUUAAUGAUAUUACUUUUUAAAAUAGAAUAUAUUAUUCUUGCUUCAGUUAUUGCAUUAUUUUCUGUAAUUAUGAGACAAACUAAUAUAAUCUGGGUUGCAAUGUUAUUUGCUCAUCUUUGUUUGGUAGAACUUUACACAGCAGUAACAAAGAAGAAACAAGUUGAUUUAAGUUUUAGUGACAUCAAGUUGUUAAUGCAACAAUUGCAACAAAGAAAACUUGAUGUAAAGAAAGUACCAAAGUCAAUUUGGUGUAAUAUUUUGUCCUUCUUAGCAGUUUGUCUGAGUUUCGUUGUGUUUAUCAUUACCAAUAAAGGGAUUGUUGUUGGUGAUAAAAGUGCCCAUGUAAUGACGUUUCAUUUUGUACAAAUAUUGUAUUUUUUAUUAUUUUGUUUAAUUUUUACAUGGCCAUAUUUUAUUUCAUCAGUGCUACCUUUCCUGUAUCUUGUGCAGCAGAGGAAAGUUUUCAGCUUGUUGAUUAUUUCCUUCAUGGGUGUAGUUGUUCUUUUAAAUACAGAGGUUCACCCUUAUUUGUUAGCUGAUAACAGGCACUAUACGUUUUAUAUUUGGAACAGAUUUUAUCAGAACGAUGUUUUUCGUUACUUAAUUAUUCCUGCUUAUUACUUUGGAGGAUAUUGCUUUUUCAGGUGUAGGAUGCUGGAAAAUAACCUAAAAGCGGUAUACAAUUAUUAA